AUGAGGUUGAACCCAACGAAGUGCGCCUUCGGUGUAUCUUCGGGGAAAUUUCACGGAUUCAUGAUCAGCCAAAGAGGAAUCGAAGCCAAUCCUGAGAAAAUCAAAGCCAUAAUCGACAUGAAGACGCCGAAGACGCAGAAAGACAUUCAAAGCCUUACCAGACAUGUUGAUGCCUUAACGCGCUUCAUCUCCAGGGCCACCGAUAAAUGUGUACCAUUCUUCAAAGCCUUGAAAUGGGGCAAACAUCAUAUCGCGUGGACUCCCGAAUGCGACCAAGCAUUUCAAGACUUGAAGAACUACAUGAGCAAGGCACCACUAUUGUCAAAACCGCUUCCUGGAGAAGUUCUCCUCCUCUACCUUUCGGUAUCCAGCACUGCUGUUAGCUCGGUAUUAAUACGGAAGCCAGAGAAGGCAGAGCUACCAAUCUUUUAUGUCAGUAAGGCGCUUCAAAGCGCGGAGCUUCGAUACCCACCCUUGGAACAGCUAGCACUAGCCCUUGUUGUCUCCGCCCAUACUUCCAAGCACACGAGAUCACGCCGAUUGGUGAAAUGGGCGAUCGAGCUGGGAGAAUUUGACAUACAGUUCAAGCCGAGGCCUGCAGAGAAGGGUCAGGCCGUCGCCGACUUCAUCUCCGAGCUCAUACCUUCUGCACCAUUGGAAACAUCCUUUCCGAACGCUGUUAUUGCAGAACCAGGAAAAAUGGAUGCCGAGCGCUUUGAUCCUUCUGUCCCUCUAUGGAUCCUGCAUGUUGACGGCUCGGCAAAUCAGCAAGGCUGUGAAGCUGGCUUAGUGUUAACUACUCCAGACGGAAGCAAAGUCGAAUAUGCCAUCUGA